GCCUUUUUACACAUCAGAAGCGAGACCGCGAGAGAAAGCAGCCUGCUGGAUGCGCAGCGGAGAGCCCAGAGCGGCAGAGCAUCUCUCUUAGCUUUUCCCUGUCUUUUUAUUAGUAGAGCCAGAAAAUAAAAGGGCACUGCUGCAUUUAGUUUUUGGUUGCAACUUUAUCUUCCCGUUAGGUGUUCGUCCCCCGGACUGCCUGCUCCUGUACCUCCUGAGUUCACCUGUACCGUCGCUAAGAAGAGCACGCCUAGCUUCACGGGACUUUCUGCAUCAACAGACUACGAGACGGCCAGUUAUUGCUGAGUUGACAAGUCCUUUUCCAAGGCAAGAAGUAUCUGGAAACAGGAUGGAGGGGACCCUCACAUCUCUAGCACACUAGAGCCACCACUGUUCCAACCCCCACCUCCAUACACUGCUCCUGCGUGUUUCAAGAACACUGAUUUGUUUGAAAUGAUUGAAAAGAUGCAGGGUAACAGAAUGGAUGAACAGAGAUGCACUCCCCCCCCUCCCCUUAAAAGGGAAGAAGAUUACAUUCCCUACCCCAGUGUCCAUGAGGUGUUGGGCCGGAAAAGCCCCUUCCCACUGAUCCUGCUGCCUCAGUUUGGGGGGUACUGGAUCGAAGGGACCAACCACCAGCUGGGCAGCAUCCCCGAAAGCGAGCAGCUCCUCUCCCCCACCUCUCGCGCCAAGCUGGAGUGCAACACCAUUGCCAAGAUCUACAGGAAGCACUUUCUGGGCAAGGAGCAUUUUAAUUACUACUCCAUGGACACUGCCCUGGGCCACCUUGUCUUCUCCAUGAAGUAUGACGUGAUCGGGGACCAGGAGCACCUCCGGCUGCUUCUCAGGACUAAGAUGAAAACAUAUCAUGAUGUAAUCCCGAUAUCCUGUCUCACAGAGUUCCCCAAUGUUGUCCAGAUGGCUAAGCUCGUCUGUGAAGAGGUGAAUGUGGACAGAUUUUAUCCUGUACUGUACCCAAAGGCCUCACGUCUCGUCGUCACCUUUGAUGAGCACGUCAUCAGCAAUAACUUCAAGUUCGGAGUCAUCUACCAGAAAUUUGGACAGACCUCGGAGGAAGAACUCUUUGGGAACAACGAGGAGAGCGCUUCCUUUGUGGAAUUCCUAGAGUUCCUGGGACAGAAAAUUGAGCUGCAUGAUUUCAAAGGUUUCCGAGGAGGCCUGGAUGUGACCCACGGACAGACAGGUACUGAGUCAGUCUACUACAACUUCCGCAACAAGGAGAUCAUGUUCCACGUGUCCACCAAGCUCCCGUUCACCGAGGGUGACAUGCAGCAGCUUCAGAGGAAGAGGCACAUAGGAAAUGACAUCGUGGCCAUAGUGUUCCAGGACGAGAGCACGCCAUUCGUGCCAGACAUGAUCGCGUCCAACUUCCUGCACGCUUACAUCGUGGUGCAGGUGGAGAACCCCUGCUCAGACAACACCCUUUACAAGGUGUCUGUGACUGCUCGAGAUGAUGUCCCUUUCUUUGGGCCUGCCCUCCCUGACCCAGCAGUUUUCAAAAAGGGACCUGAGUUCCAUGAGUUCCUUCUGACCAAGCUCAUCAACGCAGAGUAUGCCUGCUACAAAGCAGAGAAGUUUGCAAAACUAGAGGAGCGCACGCGGACUGCCUUGCUGGAGACCCUGUACGAGGAGCUGCACCUCAACAGCCAGUCCAUGAUGGGCAUCGGGAUCGACGAGGACAAGCUGGAGAACGGGGGAGGAGGGGGAGGGGGCUUCUUCGAGUCCUUUAAGCGGGUGAUCCGCAGCAGAAGCCAGUCAAUGGACGCCAUGGGCCUCAGUAACAAGAAGCAAAACACAGUCUCCACUAGUCACAGCGGCAGCUUUACUCACAAUCCUCCAGAGACCCCCAAAACCCCUGGGAUAUCACUGAUAAUCCCAGGGAAGAGUCCGACCAGGAAGAAGUCUGGCCCCUUCAGCUCCAGGCGGAGCAGCGCCAUUGGUAUUGAGAAUAUCCAGGAAGUGCAGGAGAGGAGCAGGGAGUGCUCCCCCAGCACACAGAAGACACCAGACAGUGGGCAUGUCUCCCAGGAUCCCAAGUCUGAGAAUUCAUCCAAUCAGAGCUCACCAGAGGUUCCUACUGCAAAGAACUGUUCUGCCGUGUAUUGCAGGGCUCCAUCCAUCCCUGAAGUGCAGGAUCUGUCUCGCUCCUCGUCCAAUGCCAGCAGCUUUGCCAGUGUGGUGGAGGAGAAUGAGGCCUUGGAGGACUAUGACACUGGCAUGGAGAGUCUGUCGUCGGCGGGGACGCCCCACAAACGCGACUCCUUCACCUACAGCACCUGGCUGGAGGACAGCAUGAGCAGUGCCAGCCUGGCCAGCCGCGGGAGUUCUCCAGCAGCAUCCACCUCCAGGCCUCAGCCUGAGGGGUGUAAGGGAGUCGAGCUGCCCAGGCCAGAGAUCCGCAUUAAGCUGGAGAAGCCGGAGGACCAGAAGUCAUCAUCGCAUUCUCACAAAAAACACGCCCUCCAGGAGAUGAGACGAGCACGGGCCUUUGCCACUACGAAUGACGAAGACGACGAGGACAGCCCCAGCUCGCCACCCGUGUGGUGAAGCCCCCCCCCCGCCCGCUGCUGCUUUGUUCUGUGCCAGCCUCUGGUUCCCGUGGCAACGGCGUGGGAGGCACAGGACCACCACUAUGGAACUGUAGCCCUCAUCCCUCUGACCACAGCACAGCACGCGUUCCCUGCAGCCCGUGCGGGCUCAGAGGAGAGGAGGGGCCCCCCCGCGCGGGAAGGACUCUGACCUGCACUGUGGUCAUGUCGCGUUCGUCCAUUUGCUUCUUGGCUCCUCCCUGUGGUCUCAUGUUUUCUUGAAUGCACCGUUCGUCUGUGGAGUCAGCCCCGUGGAGACUGCUUCUGUCUUGCCGAUAUAAACGCUAACGUUUUGUUGCAUUUUUUAAAAAAUUGAUUUUUAAAAAAAUAAUUAAAAGACAAGGGUGCAGCGGAUCGAGCAUGGAUAGGCACACCUUGUCACACAAAAUUACAUGGAAGGUACAGUUUAAAAAAAAAAGAGAGUUAAAUGAUUGUACAGGUACUCUUUGUGUUUGAAACACCCGAGAGAGCUUAUGUUGAGGGAUGUUAUAAAACACAGAUUCAGUGCUAGGCAUUAAGUGGUCAUCUUCAGCUGCUGACUGGCUUUCAUAAAGCCAGUCAUCAUGGAGUGAAUGGACGAGGCCCUGCUUGUUGAAAGCAAAGCCUGCUGCUACAGAAAAACACGAAAACCAGAGUCUAUGACGAGUGAGCUACAGUACGUGGCAGAUAUCUCAGACUUUUUUUUGUCUUUGAAUGUUAAUGAUUACUAUUCUUUGUCUUUUGUAAUUUAUUGAUAAUACUAAAAUAUAAUUUAUUAUCGUAGAAUAAUAAUUAAUUGUGCUAGUUCAAUUCUUUCGGUGUAAAGCACACUUUCUGACAUCAUUUCCCUUUUAUUACUCUCUGUCUUGGAAUGCACUGUUAAUUACUUUUGAACCAAGUUUGAAAUCUAUGAAGGUGACUCAAAUCCCAGACUUUCAGCAACAGCCACCUUAUUAGAAUCCAGUGUAAAACUGACCAUUGUUUAGGUGAUAAUUUGAUCAUUAGGGUUGAACGUCCUGAAAUUUGUUAGAAUACCCCUCAUAAGUCUUCAUGAUAGUUAAAAUCCAAACACUUUAAUCUUACUACAGGAAGUCUCAAUUAGCCUCCAGUUCUUUCCGAAAAAUAUGGUGACUGGGUCACAACUUGAGCAAAUGUUUUAAUGGGUUGGGCUGAUACAGCUGUCAGUGCACUGAACGUCUGCAGAGAGACUGUUCCCCUGCCGACGAGGGAAGUAUCCCGGUAUCCCCACCUGUGAGAUCAUGCUACUGCGUGCAUGGUGAGACUGUGCUUACUGCUGGUUCAAAAUGACAGACAGCUAAAAUAUACAGCUGUCUGAAGCCUAUUCAAAAUGCCACUUGCAGUAAAAGAAAUACUGAAGCUGGAAAACCAAAGUCAGCAGACACAUACAGACUCUCAAUUUUUUUCCAAGGCAAAAGUCUGAGAAAGAGUGCAGCAGGGAUUCACACACUAAGACAUCUGUACUGACACUGACCCUUGCUUUCUCAAUCUACAGAUUAAUAGCAAAUCACAUCAAAGCAAAGUUAAAACUUUUAAGGCAGCUCUUCUCUACUGAACGUUUGCAAUGAAGUUGCAUUGUGAUUGAAAUUGGUGUAUUAUAGAUUGUAGAUUUUGCACGUAAUUUGAGCCAAAUCUUGAUCCAGUUCUUGUUUUUUUAAGAUCACUGUGAUUCAGAUGAUCAUUGCAGGUUCCCCAGUGUCAGCUAUGCACGACAUGGCUAGCCAGCUUUGGUGAAGGGGCUUUUGUUUUACAUACCAAUUACCUAAGGGAGACGCUGAGAUUUUAUGAGCAUUUUUAAAAACAGGUAGUUGCCAGAUAUCCUUUGUAAAUACAGAAAAGGCUGUUUUAUCUGUUUAAAAAACUGAAACCUUCAUAAACGGACAAAAAAGGCGCCGCAAGGAGUUUGAAUGUCUUAAAAUGAGAUAUGGCAGGGAGCUGGUGUUCCUGCCACUGUACCUCAAGAAGAACUAGCCUGCAGUUCAAGGUACAAAGCUUGUACAUAUUACUGAACAUUUCAGUUUCUUAAAAUUAACAUUCUGCCAACAUGAUUUUAGGAUGAGAAAUGUGUCCCGUAACUAACACAUAUGGCAAACAAAUAAAUAAUAAAAUCUUAAGACAAAGUAUAGCUGUUAAAUACUUUUAAGUUUCAGGCGAACUGCUUGAAAUGAUCUUUACAAGUGUUGCUUGUCAAGGUGUGUUUAGUGGUAAGAACCCACCUUGAUGCCCCCCCACACAAAGAAAAAAAGAUAUUGUUGUAGAAGUAGAUGCUUACUUUUUUUAGGCUGCUUUUCAAAUAUAUUUCACAUCAUUUGUGUUAUAACUGUUUUAGAGGCUUACAAUAAAUGAGAAUCAACUGUGCACUACAUAAAGUGACAUACUGUGAAAUAGAUUAACAAUUGCCUUUUAAAAAGAUAGGAAAGAUCAUUUCUGUUCAAGUUUCUGUUGCAUAUCAGAAUACGUUUGUGUAGCACUGCCACAAUACACAGAUGAAUUGCAGAAUUCCUUGUUCCUGCAAAGGCAGAUUACUUCUGAGCUGCCCUCCAUAGAGUCUGAAUUUUGCCACUCCCCUAGAAUACCGGAUAUCAGGGAAAAUUAUAUUUUUUCACUGAUGUUUUAAAUUGGAGGUUCACAUUAUUGCAUAUUACUCAGAACUCUGUUUUUUUAUUUAAACUAGAUCCUAUGCUUUGUAUUCACAUGCUGCAUUAUUUGAUGUGCACGCGACAUGUGAUUUUAGUGACUUGUGAGCUCACAGUAUUAUUUUGCAGGGCUUACAUUCACUGUAACCUGCACAGGACUUAAAAAGCAUAGUGGAAUCAUCUUUUAAAAGGAAGGAGUUCUGUAAUACCAGAAGUUAUUCCUAAGGUCAAGACAAGAAGAAAAUCUUUAAGGCGGUGUCCUUUGAUGAGGGGUUUUACUUAAUAAAAAUGCCACUGGAAGUUAUAAUUCGGGCUGGGACACAGUGGACAGAACAUAUGUGUAGUGGUCUGUGAAUAACGUUUAAGAGUUUAAAACAACAACAUUCUGAAGUUAUUAAAAAGCAGUCUGACUAGGAAAACUGUCAAUUUUGCGGGUGAAAUAUUUCAGCACUUUGGUCAGAUCCUGAUGAACGCAAUAGAGAGAGAUAUAUAAAGUAUUAGGCCCAACUCUCGUAUCUGAGGGAAUGACAGACGAACCCCCUCCAACACUACUGUGGGGGGGGGAGUUGUCAGGCAAGGUCUGGGUGUGAGACUUAUAUACAUAGGUGAGUGGAAGAUCUAAUCUUCCCCCCUCAAACUUCUGUUAUAAAAUCCUUUGGGGAAAUAAUCAUUUUUUGCCAUUUGUCAGGGAAAGCUUGCAGUUAAAGAAGCACAAGUAAAACUUAUCAAGAACCACCACUGCACAUGCAUAAACAAAUACCACAGCUUUCCAUCAGUUUGUGAGCUCCAGCUAGUUAAGUAGCGUCAAAAGAUUUUAAAGCAAGAAAUUCUGGACACCCAGCCCUCUAAUGUUGAGGCAUUGUCCAUGCACAUUCUUUUCACCUGCCUGCUGUGUCUGUUUUAAUGGGUGUGAUGGUUCUCCAGUGUUUGUGUGUUCUUGGUUUAAUCUGUUCAGCCUUUAAGGUUCAAAGCCAAUAAAGCACAAAUCCAUUUGCAAACAUCAGGACAUUAUAGGUGUUCCAGACAAAAACUAACCACACAACAGGUAAAACACUGAAAUGUGCUCUAUUGAAAAUGAUUGUAUUUGUGUUCCAUUGAAUAUAAAACGCUAAAAGUAAACUUGUAAGAAAGUUGUAUUUGUAAAUAUUGCUUUUUUGUAAAUACAGCCAAGAAGAAAAAAAAAAUAAAGAUAAGUAUGAAAGUAUAAGGUAUAUGCUUAAACUGAAGUUGAACGUUUUUUGUUGUUGUUGUUGUUCCGUUUGGUGUUCCAAACAAGGGAAUCCUUCAGAAUGCUUAAAGCAUCUAUAAUUGAAGGUGUUUUUAACUAUUUGCUUAAUUUUCAUUCGUGUGCCUCCUGGAUGGGCUCCCAUGGAAACUUUUAUUUAUAUUGGAAGACAGGUAAUGUCAAGUUUGUAUGUCAUUUGAAAAGCUUUCAUUUAAACCAGCAGUCUGCAAUCCAAGUCCUAGAGAGGUCCAACAGAUUUAAAAUAAAUUUAAAUUGUCUACGAGCA